AUGUCAAAAUUCUCCAAGUACAAUCGUUGGAAACCAUUGAAGAAGCGCCCCGCAGCUCAGAUGCAAGUCACUGCAUUGAUGAAGUCCCACACAACUUACCAACAUGCACAAAACAAGGAGAAUAUUGCUCCUCUGGCAACAACUUCUUCCCCUGCAUCUGCAAUAUCAAAUACACGGCUUGAACGAGAGAAGAAGCGCAAGAAUACCUACCAGAGCCGCUAUAGGAAUGAGAAACAAUGUCACGAACGUACUAAAUCUCGCACCAACAAACUCCAGUCACAUUUGGAUGAAGCACGAGCAUCCAUGACCGAAGCAUCCUCGCAAGUGCAGACAACUCAAAAUGCUCUCACCACUACACAGCAUGAGAUGAGACACUUGCAAGCAUGCAAUGAGGUGCUCACCAGGCACAAUCGUGCUCUUGCUAUUGUUCAAGACAUCAUUUGCACUGUUGCGAGCUGUCUCCGAAAGACUGUUGACAGCAGCAUCAGCACACGGAGUAUUCGUCGUGUAGUCCAGGAGGCAGAGGUUGCAGCCGAGGUUCAAAUGGUGGACGAAAUUAUGCAAGUUGAUGGUGUCACAUUAAGUGGUGAUGGAAUGUCUCACAAGAAUAUCAACUACCAGUCCCAUCAUAUCACGUACACUUCUCGUCAUGGUGCCGGUAUCACACGCUUUGCCGGGAUUCAGCACAAGGUUAAUCACACGAGCGAGACCCAGCUGCAAGGGUGGAAGGACAUGAUACACAAGAUGUGUACUGUAUACAAUGAGUGUAUGGUUGGGAAUAUGGCAGACCCAAGGGAACUGGUCACCAAGGUCAAGAUGACAGAUGGGGCAAUUGUCACUGUGGGAGGAAUUGAAGGCUGGGAAGCACUGCCUGCUGAAGAACGAGAUCGACGCUCAUCUGAAGCUCAGGUCCAGCUUCAUGCAAAGAUUGGCCAGGAGCGAUUUUCUAUGCUUACGACGGCCGAACAGGAAUCUAUAGAUUUCUUCGUGUGGGGAGGAUGCUGCAUGCACAAGGACCUGAAUGCCGUCAAGGGUGGAAAUACUCGCAUGCGGGCUUGGUGGGCACUUAACGACGUCGAUGGACCAGCUCUGUUGAUGAACCGCGACAAUGCAGCUGCAGCAUCAGGAGGGCCAUCUACUGCACAGGCUCGUGCUGUACGUGUUUCCCAAGGGGGAGCUGCCAAAGCACUGGCACUUGCAGGAUCAGUUUUCCAUCACAAAGACGACAAGAAGGGUCAGCAAGAUUCUCUUCGAUUUUUCCUUGAAGCACAACUUGGGUACUUCUCGCCUUGGCCAGAUACAAGCAACACCCACUACCACAGUAAUUGUGAUGGUGCCGGCGAGUGGAUUGUCCAUGAGGACUUAUAUAUUGUCUACCUCCAAAUCAUCAUGGACCGGAAGGAUGCCCGCACGCACACAAACAUCGAACAAAACAUCUAUUGUGCCUUCCGAUGCGACAAAACGAAGCAGGAGAUGGCCUGUUUCAGCACGUGGGGACAGUGCAUCAGUCACCCCUACUUCCGUGCUGUCUGUAAUUCCUUGGGCAAUAUUCUUGACCUUGGCCCGCUCCACGAACAGCUCAUUGCCCACAUUAAAAAGCUCAUUGACAACGUCGAGCUCGUCUUUGGUACAGACACCACAUACGAAACUGCGGCAUUUGAUGGACAGCCGUUCGAAUGGCCCGAAGCUUUUUAUAUCAUUCAGUGUAUUGCCCGGAACACUACAAAAUACCCUCACCUUUGUUCGCUUUUUGUUGCUUUCCUGGAAGGAGCACUCGAGACUCUUAUUCGUUUUUGUCGAGAGUUUGCUGCCAAUGGUGUAAUCGCGCACACAUCACCAGAGACUCGAAAGCUAGCUCGCAUGAACACGACGAACGACGCGAACAAGGGUAUGUACAUGAAGACGGUGCUUGGUCCAAAUGCACGCAAAUACUUGCGCAAAAAAGCUCGUAUUAAUGAUGCUGCUGGAGCGGAGAAGAAACACCGACUUGCACAGGUGAAAUAUGAUAACUGGGUGGUACACCGGAACCGCGAGAUUGAUGCGAAGAGGAAGAAACAUCGUGAAGCAUCAUCAGCCAAACUCGCGGCAGUUGUACCUCGUGUAACACCGGAUGAAAUUGCGAAGAUGCGUGUUGUCGAUGUCGACUUGCAGAUUCGGUGGCAUCGUCAGUUUGAUGUGGAAGUGCCUCCAGCCAAGCAUCUAAAAGGGAAGAAUGGACCGGAAAAGAAGGCUAUUUUGACAGCUGCUGUGGGCCGGUACGUCUGUGGUGGGGUCGGACCCAAGAUCCUGGACGAGAAUGUGAUGGAUGGGCAACAGGAGGAUGCAGAGUGUGCAAUGGGUGACUCUGAUGAUGAAGAAGGCUUGUAG